AUGUCUGGCAAACCGGAACUUAAAGCGCUCCACGAGGAUCUCUUCGAGGAAGGCUUGAAAGUACGCAGAGCUGUUGUUGGGAAUGCCUAUGUGGACCAGUCGCUAGCAAAUGGAUCCAGUGAUUUCGCUCGUCCUGGCCAGGAGCUUGUCACUGAAUGGUGUUGGGGACAUAUUUGGACCAGACCCGGCUUGGAGCGAAAACAACGAAGUCUCUUGAACUUGGGCAUGCUCAUUGCCUUGAAAGCCUGGCCCGAGUUGGCCGUUCACACUCGUGGGGCCAUUAACAAUGGACUUACGGAGAUAGAGAUCCGCGAGGCAGUGCUGCAGGCUACCAUUUACUGUGGUGCUCCUGCUGGUAUUGAGGCAACUAAGAUCACCGAGAAGACGAUUAAUGAGAUGGUUGAGAACGGUGAGUUCAAGCGGCCAUGA